AUGCCCGCCGGAUGCGCCGUUAAUUUCCUUAGAUCGUCCAAUCAAAAUCGCCAGCGCUCCGGCAGCGUGCGGCAGCGCGUGUGGAACAAGGUCCAACGCGCCACGUCGCUUUCCGCCAUGGAUUUCCAGACGUUCGUGCGCUCGCUCGCGCAGGACCCGAAACCCGCGCAUUCGUUCAAGCCGUCCGGCGGCGGCGAAGGCGGAGAGGCUCGCGGAGGCGCGCAGCAGGUGCGCGGCGGAGAGGCUGCCGGCGCAGCAGCGCAGACGGCGCAGGAUUCUUUCUGUACUGGACUGGAAGUCCCCGCGGAUAGAGAUUUCUCCGCAGCAGCCAGCCCCGCAGCUUCCGCCGAUGCCUCCCACGCGGGGCUCUCGCGCGGGAGCGCCGGUAGCCGUUCCGCUGGCGUCGGAUCACACUGGGGCUUGGCGCGUUCCGCGUCAGACGCGCUGCAUCAGAUGUUCGGGGGCUCCGUGGGUGGCGCCGGGGGAAGCGGUGCGGGUGGCGCGGGGGGAAGCUCCGCGGACGACGGGAGGGAACCGGGGGAAGCCAGUGGCGGAAGCCAGCGGGGAGCAGCGGGGACGAACCGCGGGGCUGGCGGAAGGGGAAGCGGCGGUUCCGCUGGGAGAAGCGCAAGUUCUGGGGGGAGUGUUUUCCUACCGUUGAACCAGACUCCUAACCAAACUCCAAACCGAAAUCCCCCCCAGGGACCGUCAUAUUCACGGCAGCGGAGCUUCUCCGCCAGUGGCGCAAGCUUUUCCGCCAUCCCUUCCGCCAGCCCUUCCGCCAGCCCGUACGCUAGCCCUUACGCUGGUCCUGCUGCUGCCGCGGCCGUCCCUACCUCCUCCCCCUCCCCCUACUGUGGAGGGCUGGAGGCCUCAGGCGGAGGGCUGGGCCCUUCAGGCGGAAAGGCCGCAAGUUCUGCGGGGCCGAAGGCAGGGCUUCCGUUGCCGUUAUCGAAGUCCGCUAUAGCGAGGUUUAGGCUUCCGCGGAUGGCGUCAGAGAGCGGGCGGAGGCACAGGGCGUGGCAGGCGGACCUAGAGGAGGACGAUGGGGAGCCGCUGGAGGGGGAGGUGGUAUCUGAUCCGAUGGGAUCUAAUGCGGCGGAAUCUGGGGCAGGUGUAUCCGGGACUGAUGGAGUGAAUUACGGUAGGGGGAAUUCUGGUGGAGGAAGUUUUGAUGUGGGGAGUUACGGUGCAGGGGCUUGUUACGGUGCAGGGCAGAGGGGCGGGGGAGGGAGGUCAGGGUCGGAAGGAGGCGCGGAUGGUUUCAAGAAUCAGUCAACGCGGUCAAUGCAGUCAAUGCGGUUGUGGCAAGGGCGAGAAAAGGAGAGCUCAGAAGCUGGUGUUAGUGUGGGUCGUACUGGUGCUAGUGCUGGCUCUGCGGGUCAUGGGUUUGAUGCUGUUCAUGGUAUUUUCAGUGCUGCUGGCGAGGCUGGUGGGGUUGAUGGGCCUGGUGGGGAUGGCGGGGCUGCUGGGGGUGGUGGGAAUGGCGAAGGGAAUAGGGGGGAGAGGCAGGGGUAUGGCACUUACAGGGGCUCGCCAGCAGCAGCAAGGGGAGGAGCAGCAGCAGGAGGGGGGCGAGCGGGCGGCAGGGCGGACGGCAGGGCGGGCAGCAGGGCGGGUGGCAGGGCCGGUAGAGCAUUUAUUAUGCGGUCGGCAUCGCUCGGCAACGCUGGGGCUUUUAUGGGGCAGCUGGAGGGGGGUGACGUUUACGCUGACGUGGAUAGAGAUGUAGAUGACUCAGGUGGGGGCUUACCCGGGGGUGUGGAGGCUGGGCAAGGUCAGGAGUGGAAUACGGGCGGCACGGGGAGUGUGGCAAUGGGCGAUGGGGUUACCACAGGGGUUACCACAGGUGCUAUAGGGCCCAGGGCUGCUGGUUCUUCUGUGUCAGCAGCCGGGGUAAGUAGUGACCGGCUGGGCAGCCGGGGCAGAGGUAGGGGUAGGGGUGGUGGUAGGGGUAGUGGUGGUGGUGGUGGUAGGGGUAGCGGUGGUGGUGGUGCUGGUCGAGUCUCAGGCUCUCCGUCUGCUACUCUCUCUCUCCGGAACUAUGAGAAGUUCCGACCCUCAUCAGCAGCAGCACCUUCAUCAGCAGCAGCAGCAGCAAGAGCAGCAGGAGGAGGAGCAGGAUCAGUGCAACUCGUAUCAGGAUCAGGGGAAGAGGAUUGGGAGAAGGAGAAGGAGGAGGAGGAGGAGGAUGAGGGACUGGCUCCUGUAGCUGCAACUGGCAACGCCCCAGGUGCCUCUAGACGAGCUGGUUACAGCACUGGCAGUGGUCGUGGUGCUAGUGGCUCUUCUGCUGGUGCUGCAGGUGGUGUUGCUCCUGGCAGUGGCCGUGGCCGGGAUAACCCUAACUCUACCCAGGGUAACCGCCGCCUGCUGCGGCAGCACACCGACGACCCAACGCAGCUGAAUCGCGUCCAGACGCCUGACGCUCUUUCAUCCUUUCCUGCCGUUCCCUCCCGCCUUGGUCCUGGAAGUCUCCAGCGUACGUCGUCCUCGGCUUACCAGCGGCCGUCCUCCGCUGCCCAGCAACCUUCAGCUGCCGCCCAGCGGACUUCUGCUGCCACCCAGGGGUCUUCUGCCGCCCAGCGGCCUUCUUCUGCCGCCCAGCGGCCUUCUUCUGCCGCCCAGCGGCCUUCUUCUGCUUCCCAGCGACCCUCCUCUGCUGCCCAGCGACCCUCUCUGUCCUCUUCUGGGCGGCAGCAGCAAUUUAGAGUCCAAGGGCAGUUGCAGCAUCAGGGGGAAAUGCAGGGGCAGGCACAGGGGCAGAUGGUUGGGCAGAUGCAUUAUCAAGGGCAGAUGCAGCAUCAAGGGCAGAUGCAGCAUCAAGGGCAGAUGCAGCUGCAAGGGCAGGGACUUGGGCAGGCAAAGGAGCAGAUGCAACAGCAUGGGCAGAUCUUCAACCAGUCCAGCCCCAAAAGCGGGGCUUUAAGCCCUCACAACCAGACUGCAAUCCGCUCUCCCUCUGCCAGAAGCCCUUAUGCCGGCCUGCCCCCUCCUCCUACCCCUCCCUUGCGAUCUCCGUCCGCUCGUUCUCCUCUUUCUCCUCUUUCAUCCCCCCUUUCUCGGGAGCAGUUGAGCUCACAUCGCCCUGUCCCAGCAUUGGUGCAGCAUGCACCUGCUAGCCCCUCCCAGGGCGUGUAUGGGCCGUUUGAAAUGCAGGAAAUGCCUGCUCAAGCUCCCAUUCACCCUCCUCACUCUCAGCACACGCUCACUCACUCCCCCCAUUCGCCCCUUCAUUCUCCUCGUGCUCCCAUGCACCCCCCCCAUGCGCCCAUGCACUCCCCCCGUUCUCCAAUGCACUCCCCACGUGUUGCCCCACACUCCCCCCAUGCGCCCAUGCACUCCCCCCAUGCGCCCAUGCACUCCCCCCAUGCGCCCAUGCACCCCCCCCAUGCGCCCAUGCACUCCCCCCAUGCGUCCUUGCACUCCCCCCACGCGCCCAUGCAGUCCCCCCAUUCGCCCAUGCACUCCCCACGUUCUGCCCCACUCUCCCCCCAUGCGCCCAUGCAACCCCCCCAUGCUACCCCACACUCCCCCCAUGCGCCCAUGCACUCCCCCCAUGCGCCCAUGCACUCCCCUCAUGCUGCCCCACUCUCCCCCCACCCUCCUAUGCACUCCCCCCAUGGCCUCACCCAUACUCCCCAUUCCCCCCUACAGUCCCCCACACAAGUACUGCACUCCCCCCAUUCCCCCCUUCACUCCCCCCAUGCACACUCCCCAUCCCAUCCCUCAUUCCCCCCACACUCCCCCUUGCGCUCUCCCCACACAGCCCCUCCAUAUAACCAGCAACCGCCUCUCUCCCCCACAUUCUUUUCCCCCAAUUCCUUCAACCCGGAGGCUCGGGAAGUCCCUGAGGCUGGCCAACCGUCAAUGAGUGUGCUGGUUGCAGCAGUUGCUGCACGUGGCGUGGUGGAGCCAGGCUUGCUGCAGCCAGACUUGGGAGUAUGGAUGCCCAGCAACGGUAGGAGCGGCUGCAUUAGCAGCAGAUUCAAGAGAGCGAUGGCGUCUGCUGCUCCUGGUGCCAACCACAGCCGCAGGGAUGUCGCCGCUUCUGCAUCUUCUGCUGCUGCUGCUUCCGCAAGCAGCACGGGCUCAGGAGGGCCAGCAGUGUCGGAGGCAGUCAUUGUGGGUGGAGGAUUGGCCGGCCUCGCAUUGGCUAUCGGCCUUCGGAACAUUGGGAUUGACGCACAGGUGUAUGAGGCGCGCAAGGAGGUGGGAGGAGGGGAGGGCACCAUCAUCUCUCUCUUCCCCAACGGGCUCAGGGCGCUCAGCCGAAUCGACCCUGCCAUUGUGCCCCAGGCAUACCCGGCCAGCUUCCUCCUCUCGCCUUCAGGAGACAUGAUUGCCCCAAGGGGCUACAGUGCCACCUUGCCCUCCAGCAACAGCUUCCUUCUCUUCAUCUCCUGCCUUGCCCUUCCCUCCCCUCCCUAUCCUCUCCAGCUGAUUCCCCUGGGUGUGACGGAUCCUGCGAGUUUUCUCCUCUCCCCCGCGGGCGAAGUCAUCGCCCCGUGGGGCUACAGUGCCACCAUGACUGCUCGCUUUGGCCUGCCCAUGCUCUCCAUCCGCUGGCGGGACGUGCUCGACGUGCUGCGUGGAAUGCUGCCGAACGACGCCGUCCACACCGGCCACCGGCUCGUGAAGGUCACGCAGAUGGAGGAGGCUGGAAGGAACGGAGAGGAGUCUGGUGCGGUGGAGAGCGUGGCAGAGGGAAAAGGCAGGGUGGAGUGCUUUUUCUCCACUGUAUCUUGCGGCAACGAGCAUCUCGUGCGCGUGGAGACCCCGCUGCUGCUGGGGGCAGAUGGCAUUCACUCGGAGGCACGGAAGCAGCUGCUGGUGGGGACAGCAGGCGAGGGAGUGAGUCCGCGGGACAACGGUAGAACCAUCUGGAGGGCCAUCAUCGACAGCAGCCUCUGCCCCCAUCCACUCCUCAAUCCGCAACACAUCCUAGCCAUGGUGGGCCCCGGCCGCACAGCCACCAUAUCAGACGCUGCAGCAGGCAGGCUCUACUGGGCGUUCACGCUCGUCGAUUCCGCCGAUCCAACGGUCAGCAGCGCACGGUCCAGCGGGGGGGAGGAGGCGCGGGGGAAGAUUCUGCAGGCGUUUGAGGGGUGGGAUGUGGUGACUCAGCUCGCGCUCGCCACUCCCCCCGACCUCAUUCUUGAACGCCGCGUGCUCGACCUCCCGCCCCUGCCCUUCUGGGUCAAAGGCAGGACGGCUCUCCUCGGAGAUGCGGCGCAUGCAGUGACGCCAGCGCUGGGGCAGGGCGCCAAUCUGGCGUUUGAGGAUGCGGCUCAGCUGGUGGAGUGCCUCCUUGCGAACACCCAUGUCAGCGAUGCCUUGCAUUCCUUCCAGUCCAUCCGCAUGCCGCGUGUCCAAGCUGUGGUCUCACAGAACGUCGCGUCGUCCAAGAAAAUCUAUGAAGAUAAAGAAGAAGAGGGCACAGAGAGGGAUAGCAGCAAGAGAACCGAAGCAGCAGCAGGUGCAACGACAGCAGGUAAGGGAGGGGGAGAAGAGUCUGAGUUCUAUGAGUACCUGUACUCUUAUGACACACUUUCCCUUGAGCAGUCUUAA